AUGUGUGUCUGUACCAUGAGGACUCUGUACCGGCUGAAGCUGGUAAGCUCCCCGAACCUGAGUCAGCAAGGAAAGAACGAGAAGUCGUCUCUGGAGGAACGAGGAUCAGGGCCAAACGCCACUUGGAACAGCAUUCACAAUGCAGUUAUUGGAGUUUUCCAGAAGAAGGGUUUAGCUGAUAAUGAGCUCUAUACACUCAAUGAAGGUGUGAGGCAGCUACUGAAGACUGAAUUGGGCUCUUUUUUCACGGAGUACCUGCAGAACCAGCUGUUAACCAAAGGCAUGGUCAUUCUGAGAGACAAGAUACGAUUCUAUGAAGGUCAGAAAUUACUUGACUCUUUGGCUGAGACCUGGGACUUUUUCUUUUGUGAUGUCCUGUCCAUGCUACAAGCCAUCUUCCACCCAGUACAGGGCAAAGAGCCAUCGGUUCGCCAGUUGGCUCUGCUGCUCUUCAGGAACACUAUUACGCUGAACAUGAAGCUUGACGAGGCUCUGUCACGACCACGUGCCCGUGUCCCCCCCUCCAUUGUCCAAAUGCUUCUUGUCCUACAGGGUGUCCAUGAAUCGCAAGGUGUGACAGAGGAAUAUCUAAAACUGGAGUCGCUCCUGCAGAAGGUGGUUUCGCCUUACCUUGGUACGCAUGGCCUGUGUGCACACGACUGUGACGCUGCCCACUGCUCCUGUGUUAUCGAAACACGCUGGAGCUGGACCAAGCCUGCUGAAAUCCUUGCCACCAACUCGGUGGUGCGCUCCAAGAGCUACAACAUCCCCAUGCUCACGCCCGUGGCAGAGUAUGACUCUGAGGUAGGCUCGGUGGGUAGCGUAGGAAUCCGACGGCACUCAGCCUGCGAGGUCUCCUCCUGUAUAGAGAAGCCAGGCUACCCACUUUCAAACAGCAUAGAGACAAGCUCUACACCCAGACUGUCUCUGGAAAACUCUCACGAGCUAACCCUACCCACAGCGAAACGAGCCGCCGGGCCACAGCCGGCACUUAUCCUACCCUCCAUCUUCAUCCAGAACUCUACAGGACCUUUACACACCCAGACGUCUAUGUCUGAGACUGAUAAAACCCUGUCUUCACCCACGAGCUGCUCUUCCAGCCCAGAAACUAUCGUCAUGCAGGGCGUGGACUCGAUGGAGUCCGAUCAGGAUGGGAUUUUCAUCGACUUUUCCCACUGUCGCUCAGAGUCUUUCGGCACAGGCAGAAAGACGAGCUGAUUUCA